CUCAGCUGGACCAAUCCCGACCCGGGAGGCGAAACGGACCCCUACCUGGGCCCAGGUGAGCUGCACCGUGCGUCUCUCGGCGGCUCCGCGCCCGGGAUGGAGGGAGCCCGGGCGGCAUCCAGAGGAGACCGAGCCGGAGCCGAGUUGCCAAUGGAGCCCUUGGAAAGCCAGGAGCCGGGGCUGGGGCAGCCGCAGGCCCCCGCGGAGGAGCGACGGCCAGAAAGUCCCGAGAGCAGCCCGGCCGCGGCCGUGCAGGAGGCGACCGGCGCGGGCCAGGACCCCUCGGGCGGGAAGAAGCUGCCCUCGCCUCGCCCCGCGCGCCCGCGGGUGCUGCCCGCCAGCCUGGGCUACGGCGCCUUCCGCCGCCAGUUGUCCGCUGGCCCCGAGCCGCCGUCGCCGAGGCCCGCUGCGGCCGAGCAGCCCCGGGACGGCGAGGCGGCGGGAGCCGAGCUGGUGCCCUGGGCCGCCCCGGGGGAGCCGGCGCCCGGCAACUGGGCGCCCGUGGAGCUGCAGGUGGACGUGCGCGUGAAGCCCGUGGGCGCGGCCGGCGGCAGCUGCACGCCCUCGCCUGCGCCCUCCCGGCGCUUCAUCACGGUCCCGGUGCCCGAGUCCCCCGCCUUCUCCCGCCACGCCGCCCCCGUGUACCCGCUCCUGCCGCGGACCGCGUCCUUGGGCAGCACGUGGAGCCGCGGCUCGCCACUGGCUGCCCCCCGGGCGGAGCACGGCCUCGACGCGGAGGGCCAGAGCAGCCCCACGGAAGGGGACGCGGAGUCCCCGGGCUGCCCCACGUGCCGCCGCCGCCGCCAGGAGCUGGGGAAAGAGGACGCCGCGCUGCUGCAGCGCGCCGAGGCGGACGGCGACCUGAAGCUGCACCCGGCUAUCAAGCUCAUAGGGCUGCCCAUGUACAUGAAGUCCCUGCGCUGGGCCCUGGCGGUCAUGGCCGUGCUCCUGGCCGUGUCCACGGUCGCCAUUGUGGCCCUGGCCUCUAGAACAGGGGCCGUGUGCCGGCCGUGUCCCCAUGGCUGGCUGUGGUCUGGGGAGCACUGUUACUACCUCUCUACUGAAGCUCAAGCCUGGGAGGCCAGCCAGGCUUUCUGCUCCGCCCACCAUGCUACCCUCCCCCUGCUGAGCCACACCCAGGACUUCCUGGGCAGAUACCCUGUCACCAUGUACUCCUGGGUGGGGGCCCGGCGAGGCCCCCAGGGCUGGCACUGGAUCGACGGGGGCCCCCUGCCACCCCAGCUACUCCCAGAGGAAGACAAGGACCAGCCGGGUCUCAAGUGCGCGGGCCUGGAGGGAGGCAAGCUCAUGGCUUUGGACUGCGCCUCUUCAAGACCCUGGGUCUGUGCCCAGGGGACCAACUGACUGGGGUUCUGCCCAUUCCAACCCUGUUGGAGGCAUACAGUCCACCACCCCCCUCCCCGGAGGGGAGGCCUGUUCCCUGGACCCAGGAUCCCGCCGCUCCCUGCUUGGUGCCUGGGGCCCUGCCUGAGCGAAGUGGGGAGCUGGGCCUCUGUUGCAGGAAGAUCGCCUCCGGGGAAGGCUUUCUGUGGCCCAUCUUCGCCUCCAGCUGCUGAAGAGGAUUUGUUCAGAGACCUUGAGAUGGUUUUUUUUUUUUUUGCAUUUCUGAGCCUUGGUCUCUCCCUCAUGAAAAUGGCCAUUACCCAUUCUCUCCUUUACCUGCUUCAUCACAAUGCACCCUUCAGUCCUAGGGGAACAGAAAGGAUUAGUGAUCACAGGUGAGCCCCAUCUGAGUGGACAUGGAGCCAUGAAAUGAGUGUUCCACUGGUUUGUGGCCAGAGGGCUUGUCAGCAGUGACAUCCUUGCUAUAAAUGCCGUUUCCAGGCGAGGGGCACACAGCUGAUGACCCGUGUCAGCAGGUCCACAAGAGUCUGAUAUGCAGCCGGCUUGAGAACUACUAGCUUCAGAAAACAAUGCCACCGCUGCCUUUCCCUCCGGCCUGUAAUCACCCAUCACGGAGGUACAUGCUCACAAGUACGUUUCUGCAUCACCUUCGGAGCAUGUCUUUCCCUUCCUAUGAAACAGAAGCUGGAGAAGUCACACAGCAGGUCCAGUCUGUCUUGAUAGCAGUUGUUACAGACAGCCCUGAAGCAGCUGGAAUAUAGUCGGCAAGGACCCAGGUGAACAGUUCAUCUUGAAUCGUCGCAAGUAUAAUUUGAUUUCCUUUGGUGCCUUGCACAGUAAGGCACUAUUAAUGAUAUAACAGAAUAGAAGGUAUGCCCACAGCAUAGUUCUAGUGACAAUUUACUAAGACAGGUUACAGUUUAAUGAUGGUGGUGGUGAUUGUUUCUUUCACUUUACUAUUAUUUGUUACAAUAAGGGUGUAGCCUUUAUAUUCCACACACACAAAAGAAAACAAGAAGUGCUUAUGAAAAAGUCCCUGCCCCCACCCCCUUUUCAAAAACACCCCGAAUGUAGCAAUUCAAUACAACAGAAAAAUCAAGACUUGUUUGAUUUCAAAUUGUCAAUAAAAAAAGCAAAGUAUGUAAUGCAACAGCUGUUUAACUUUCAACUCUAAAACAAACAAAAAUUCCCAAUAUUUAAAUUUCUCCAGCACACAUUCCAGUAUAAAUGCUCUGAACUGUAAUCAGCUAGUAAUGAAUGGAACAGAACCUUAGAAGUUAUAUUGCUUCCCUACCCCCCUUUCUUUUAUAAUUAGAGGGUCGGAGGUAUUAGGGGAUACAAAAGUCAGAGGAAGAAGAAUUAAAAAGGAAAAUUCCAAAGGCUGCAGUUUGUACUAGAAAGGAAGACAGCAUUUUACAAAUGCUCAAAAAAUCUCAAGACAAGUUACACAAUUCAUUCACUAUCACUCCUACUUGAAAGAAUAAAGACCUCUGCGUCUUUUAUAAAACUGUAUUUUCAGAACUGCAUUACAGGUUCACCAGAAACUAUAGAUGUAGUUUAGGCUUCAUCAGGAAAACAAGUUCAGUUCAGAUCAAGUUAGAUACUGUAUAUCUAGCCUAGCUGGAUCGGUGUCUGGAACUGCUCCCUGUGUCACCCCAAACAGCUGUAAACUAAACAAUAGUAUGUAACUCCAUAGGAAGCUUAAGGAUUGAGGAUAUGUACACAGCUAAUUAUAUCUCCCCUGCUUCGCGCUCUUCAGAGCUCCUCCUGUCUUCUGAUCUGCCAUUAGCGCUCUCAUAGGACCGCUUCUUAUCUUUUCGAUCUCUGUCACGAGGUGAUCUGUCUCUUGAAUUCCUGUCUCUGUCACGUGAUGCUAAGUCUUGGUCUCUGAAUCUUUCUUUUGAGGAUCUGAAAAAUAUUAAUUUAAGGAGCAAAAUGUGUUGGGGAACCCAAAAUCCAAGAGAAAGAAUCGGAUAAAUAUUAAGGUAUGACUGCUGAAGACAUACAGAAUAUAUCCAAGAAAGACAAGAGUCAGUGUUCUGACAGAAAAGAGCACUACCAUAUCUGGUAAGGGUCUAUCUAAAACAAAGACAUGGGUGAAAACAAACAGCUAAGGGUGAAAACCAUAUGCGAAAAUUAUAGGACAUUCUCAUUCUGAGAGGCAAUCAAAAAAGCUUCCCCAAUUCAUAGCAAAUGCAUUUAACAUAAGAAUUAUAGACAAUAACUUAAAAAAGCAAAAGGUAUUAUCUUAUUUUAAAAUAUAUAAUAGAAUGUAGAUCCCACAUAGGAUGGAAAUCAAUGUCUUAAACAGGGGCUCUGUAAACUUUUUUUGCUGUCUGGUCAGAGUAAAUAUUUUAGGUUUUGAGGUCACAUACAGUCUCUGUGGUGUAUUCUUCUUCCUUUUCUUUACCAACCCUUUAACAAUGUAAAAACCAUCCCUAGGUUGCUGCCUAUACAAAAACAGGUUAGGGGGCCAGAUUUGGCCUGCAGGGAACUUAGAUAAGAAAACUACUCAUUUAAUGACAAGGUAACCAUUCAUUAUUUUAAAAAUCUGCUUUACUCCUCCUGAGUUAGCUCAUUCAACCAACAGAAAAAAAAUCAGGAUGGAAGACAGAAAAAUACAAUCACACUAUUAUAAAUCUUGAUUAACCGUGACUCUUUUUCUUUCUUUUUAUAGCAAUGGUGGAAAUUUAUUGAGAAACAAGCACAGACUCCCACGUGAGGAGGGGGAAAGAGUCCCCAACCAUGACUGUUUCUUAAUACCGCCUCUCUAUUCCCACACCCAACUUCAACAAAGUAAAUAAUAACAAAACAAGCUCAUAUCAGAGAUUCAGUCAGUAGAAAAACCAAAGGACAUUACGGGAUCAGAAUUAAUAUAGAAUUUUCUAUACUUUCAACAUUUAGAAUGAAUCAGUACCACAUAUUAUGUUUAUUUCAUUCUUUAUAGGUGAGAUAAUACUUUUACAUAAUUACCUCACUUAACCCAUGUUCAGAAUUUGGAUCUGAGGCCUGAUUAAGUAAUAUUUUCAACAUCUAUGGCAGGAAAAAACUACUACCAUACUCAGUUCUAGAAAUAUAGUUAAAGAGGAUUAAACUAAAAAGGUAGAAAGAUAAAGUAAUGCCAACUUCAAGCAUUCUGCUUAAUAAGAUUUUAAUGAGCUUAAUUUAAAAGUGAUGUGUAAGAAACACCACCACACAGUACACAUCUGGCAACAUUAAUCCUAUCCAUACUUCAUGAGAAUGGAAUAUGGAGAUGAUGAGUAAGAGGUCAGUAAUAAUAACUGAAAAUCAACUAUGAGAUGAGCAUCAACUAAUGCUUUGUGAGAAAUCACAAUGACUAUACACUAGCAGUUUCCAUUCACUAUUUCACUCAAAUUACCAAUAGUCCCAAUGAAGCAGGUAUUCUUACCAUCUAUCUCUACCUAGUAGACGGGAAAAGAAAGGUAGGAUAAUUAAAUUACUUAGCCCAGGCCACCGAACCCAAGUAGUCUGACUCCAGGGUCUGCACUAUAUGUCUGAACAGAGUAGGAAGCAGGAAAAUGAAAAUGGCCCUCAUUUACCAAGAGUAACUGUUGCAAGGGAAAGUUCCCAAACAGAAUAUGCUUAUAUCAGAGACCAGUAUUUCAGCUGGGGCAGGGGAACAACAAAUCAUUAAAGACUCUUAACUGAGAUUUUUACUUUGAAAAUUAAACUCAAAUAUAUAGCAAUAACUUGUAAUAACAUAUAGGUUUUAAUGGCAACUUUCCAAUAAUUUUUGGUAAAAACAAAGACUAUUACUUUGAAAGAAUAAUUUGAAGAUUAGAAGUGCUCUAGAGAAAAACAAAACUUUUACAAAAAUAAUCCUCUUUAGGACAUGCUGAAAAUUUAGUAGAGGUAUCACGUGUAUGGUGGGAAAAUGUCCUAUACAACUUCAUAAAUGCAGGAAGCAUUAGGGACUAGAAUAACACAAUCUCAGAUGAGCAACCCUUCUAUCUCAACCACCAUAAAAGAGGUGACAGACACCAGAAACAAUGAAAGGUGGGCGGGCUCUCCAGAGUAAUUGUCGACCAUCCAUCAACCAGCAGAAUGAUUCCCAAAAUUUACAGUGCAGUUAAAAUUCAUAGAGAAUUUUUUAAAUGCAUUUUUCUGGGCAUGGCACCGUGCCUACCUACAGUUUUAAGAAUUUGAGAUAAGUGGCAAAUCACACUAUCAGAAACUAUCCCUUACAUAAAUUCCCUGCUCAUUCUCUACAUUUUCCUGAUAACACUUUAUAAUAUCUUUUCCUACCUGGUUUUAUCUGUUCAAAUGAUACCCACUUUAUUCAAGUUUUAUCUACUACCUGAGCCAUUUUUUUUAUUGCUCUGGAACGUCCCACAUCUACACUCCUGUAUUAGUUACUCUAUGACAUACAGUUUAGCACUUUAUAAUAUGCUAGGUUUUAUAUCAGUCUGUUGUCCAAGAUGUUAGUCCUGUGUUCUAACUCACUUGAAUAAAGUUGCUCAACUAUGUUA